AGUAUUUCGUGUUUGUUUCAGUUCACAGAGAAUGGUUUGAUAAUAUUUGCAAGAACAAAUGAUAUAAAAUAUUCAUUUCCCCACCCUAUAAGUGGUGGAUUCAAUUCAUUCACUGAUAUACAAGUUAUUGCACCUUUCUGGGCGGAUGCAGACAACAACUUACUGGAUGGUGAAGUGUACUAUCAGGUAUACGAUGCUGAUAACCCAACCGAUAAAACAGAGAUUAUGCUUGAAACAGCAUCGAUGUGUGUUCAUACUUCAAAUGUAUCAGAAGACAAUGAUUUUGUCAAAGAAAAUUUCGAAGCUGAUUGGAUGCUUUUGAUAACUUGGGUGGACAUACCCCAGUCUCCAGCAGUGAGUAACCCAGACAAUACCAACACCUUCCAAGCUGCAUUGAUGACUGAUGGUACUUUCUCAUUUGUGAUAUUUAACUACAAAAUCGGUGAGAUGAAAUGGAAUCCGAACCUUUUACAACAAAAGGAUGUAAUAAUCGGUUUCAAUACCGUUUUCAAUAAUGAGAAUGCACAUGUUAAUACCCAGUUUGAUUUCCCGGAUGUAUUCAGCCGGUAUCGACCGGAUCAGUUUAUUGGCAACACUGGCAAGAAUGCCAAGUGGAUCUAUCGGAUUGAGAGGAACUAUCCAUGGACUUUCAACUCUAAGCAACAAUGUUUGACAUGGUAUAACCGACAACCUAAUCCAAGAACUUGGGAUGAUGGACGAUCAGUGUGCCCUUGUUGGUUUGGACAAGCAAGGUCUGAUGGUCGCUAUAGCAAUGGGCGUAGUCCUCAAAAUACAGCUAAUUUUAUGCAACAGGAAGAUGAUUCAAAUCAAAGAAAUGAAAUUGAAAAUGAACUGCUUAGUGUAAUUAACGGCUUAGGAGGACAAUCAAGAUGUGUACAUACGUCAACACCAUCAAGGAGAGGAGCAGGUGUACGAUGCUGCUACCGUAGGCGUGGGUCUCUUAUCGUAGGAUAUGAACAGUUCUGGAGAAGUAGUUUUGUGGAACGAUACCAUAUUAAUACUGAUUUUUGGCAGUGGUUCAAUGAAGAUAUUGCGCCACAAUAUUUCUGUUGUUCUGCAUCUCAAGACCCUUACUUCUGUGACUUAUUUCAAGAGAAACGACCUGUUGGUUCCUGUCGUCGUUAUCGACCUCCAUUUACCGGCUGGAUGUUUGGAGAUCCUCAUAUGACAACGUUAGAUAAUUAUCCAUACACAUUUAAUGGUCUUGGUGAAUUUAUUCUGGAGGAAGUGGCAUUAGACGACGACAGUCGCUUUGUUGUACAGUGCAGAAUGCAAAAGCCGGUUUUGCAGACAAGUAGUAUUAAUGCAACAAUUUUCUCCGCAUUUGUCGGAGCAAUUGAUAAUGGCACAAAGGUUGAGAUGCGGUUGACUGAUGAUGGUUUGGAUUUCAAUAUAUUGGUAAAUGGUACUAUGAUAAACAAAACAGCAUUAGAUCAAGUUACAUAUGCAAGUACUGAGGACACUUCAUUUACUAUUUCUAAAAUUGAUGGCGAGUAUAUAAAUUCAAAUGGAACGGACCGUUACAUUGCUUCCUGGAGCUCUGAAGUAUCAUUUUCUGUUGCUGUUUCUGAAGGAAUGUUGAAUAUAAUGUUCCAAGUUGACGCUCAGUAUGAAGGAGCUGCCAAAGGAUUGUUAGGGAGAAUCACGGAAGAAGAAUCACUUUUCACUUACAGUGGUAGUGAAUCAUACUCCUCCUUCAGUGAUUUGACGUUUAUGCCAGUCUUCCUAGAUGAUAUAAUCAGGACAGCCAAAGAAACAGAUACUGAAUUGUAUAAUAAUGCUGUCCAAGUCUGUGGGACUAACAAAGAAUGUCUGUUUGAUGCUCUGGCUACCAAAGACACUAACAUUGGUGCAAACACUCUUCUAACUGAUCAAGUCAUUAUUGAAGAUGUAAAUACACUGAUGAAUUUUCCACCAAACAUCACCGGUGUAAUUGAUCCAGACAAUGUAUUGAAUGGCACUAAUAUGUUGAUGGUUCAAGUUGGCCUUACAUAUUCGUUCCAAGUCCAGGCAUAUGAUGAGAACAAUGAUACAAUUACUUACUCUCUUUUAAAUCCGAUUGGUGGAGCUGCAGUUGAUCCAACGAGUGAGUUUAUGUGUAUAAGAGACAGGACCCCAGCAGACACCAAUGAGGUCAAUCUUGGUAUAGUAGCCUCUGAUGGCUUAGCCAAUAGUGCAGAAGUGUUUGACGUACGCAUUUGUAGAUGCGAAAACGGUGGAAUCUGUAACUUCGAUACACUGGUGGAAGGAAGUGAAGUGUUGGAUAACAUGUUUGCUGUUGUGGCUUGCAAUUGCCCAGCAGCCUGGACAGGAGUAGAUUGCAGUGAAGACUUCAAUGCCUGCCUCGAUAGCCCAUGUUAUCCUACAGUUCUCUGCACGGAUAACCCAGCUCCUGAUCCCAAUGCAACAUGUGACAGUUGCCCGGAGGGGUUAGUUGGUGACGGAUUCAAAUGCUAUGACUUUGAUGAGUGUCUUGAUGAAAGCGAUGGAUGUGAGCAUGUGUGUACCAACACCUUAGGGUCAUAUGUCUGCAGCUGUAACCCAGGCUACGAACUACAAAAUGAUAUGAGGACAUGCAGAGAUAUAAAUGAAUGUUUACAGAAUAAUGACUGCAGUGAGAAUGCUGACUGUACUAAUUUUGACGGUGGUUAUAAUUGUACUUGUAGAAGUGGCUAUGAUGAUAUCAAUGGAGAUGGAACGGAGUGUGUUGAUAUUAAUGAAUGUAUUUUAGAGGAGUAUCCCUGUAGUGACAUUGCAUCCUGUGAUAAUACUGAAGGUUCAUUCAUAUGCACCUGCAUGGCAGGUUACCUGGGAACGGGAAAGACCUGCUCCGACAUCGAUGAAUGCAGUCAGAAUAUGGAUAAUUGCCACGAUAAUGCAGAAUGUGCCAACACACUUGGAUCUUAUAAAUGUAUUUGUGACAGUGGUUACGAAGGAAAUGGAACGUACUGCAAGGAUGUCGAUGAAUGUAUGACUCAGUCAGCAAGCUGCAGCGCUGGUGCUAUUUGUAGUAACACGAUGGGUAGCUUUACUUGCCUUUGCCAACCCGGAUAUGUUGGAAAUGGUCGAUCUUGCGAAAAUGUGGAUGAAUGCGCUACAGGGGAAAAUAACUGCACCUUAGAUGUAACAAACUGUGUCGACCUACUUGGUUCAUUUGAAUGCAGGUGUAAGAGUGGUUUGAUAGAUGAUGGUAAUGGCACCUGUAUAGAUGUUGAUGAAUGCACAAACAGCCCAUGUGAUGAUCUGGCAAACUGCAACAAUACAUUUUCUUCUUACACGUGUGAAUGUCCAUCAGGAUACAUAGGAGGCAUUGUGUGCACUGAUAUCGAUGAAUGCAGUAUAAAUACAGACAAUUGUGAUCAAAAUUGUACAAACAUUGAUGGCAGUUUUGAAUGCAGUUGUGACAGUGGAUUUGAACUGCAGAAUGAUACCGUAACAUGUGCUGCCGCAACAGACUGCUCUACUACAAUGUGUAAUAAUGGAGACUGCUAUGUUGACAGUGAUAAUAAUGAAGUGUGCCGAUGUGCAAAUGGGUUUGAACCUGAAAAUGCCACUUCAUGUAUGGACAUUGACGAGUGUUCUGGAAGUAAUGACUGUGAUUUGACAAAUGGUGGUUGCAACAAUACAUCACCUUACUAUAUGUGUUAUUGUAAUGAAGGAUAUCGUCUUGUUGAAAACACGUUCAUGUGCGAAGAUAUUAAUGAAUGCAAUACCACCAAUCCCUGCCACAGCAAUGCAACAUGUACAAAUACUAUUGGAUCUUAUUCUUGUAAAUGCAACGCUGGAUACUCUGGAAGUGGCAUAAGUUGUUUUGAUAAUAACGAGUGUGAUUUUGAAGGAUCAUGUCCUGGUAACAACAGUUUAUGUGCUAACACAGAAGGAAGCUUUCAGUGCUAUUGUCCUGAACAUUAUGAAUCAGAUGGUAGUGAUGGCUGUAGAGAUGUCAAUGAAUGCGAUGACCCGGACCGAUGUAUAAAUGGCAAAUGUACAAACUUGCCUGGUUCCUUUGCAUGUGCUUGCGAUAGUGGUUAUCGCCUUAUUGGUGGCCGUUGUGAUGAUAUUGACGAAUGUACAGAAGCAGUGGAUAACUGUCACAUAAAUGCAGAUUGUGAAAACGUCGAUGGGACGUUUAAUUGCACUUGUCAUGCUGGAUACACUGGAAAUGGUACCAUGUGUACAGACACUGAUGAAUGUAACAAUGACAAUGACUGCGAUACCAACGCUAAUUGUACCAAUACAGAAGGUUCCUACAUGUGUACCUGUCGAGAGGGCUAUAAUGACGUAGAUGGUACCGCUAGAGUUGGCGAGUGCGUAGAUAUUGAAGAGUGUAAUUUAAAUCUUGAUAACUGUCAUUUGAACGCAAAUUGUACAAAUGCAGUAGGAGGCUUUUCAUGCGAAUGUCAGUCUGGAUUUCAAGGAAAUGGAGUCACAUGUGAAGAUUUGGAUGAGUGUAAAGCAGACCCACCUGUAUGUAAUGGAGACAAUGAACAAUGUGAUAAUGUAAUUGGCAGCUACAGCUGUAUAUGUGCUCCAAACUUCACCAGAAUUGGAGGCACUUGUGAAGGAGCUGUAACAUUAUCUUUGACCCUAUUAUUGUCCUAUAUUUCUGGUGGACUUGUGACAUCAUCUUCAAAUCUUAGUAAUCUUGAGAGGACAGAUCUGGCUUCAGAUUUAGAGAAUUUAUUACGUGAUACAACGCUCAAUAACAGUCUCAUUGAUGUCAUGGUAAUGUCGAGCAAUGGAAGUGAAUCUUGUGACUGUUUAUCAGUUGAGUUUAGGGUGGAUCUAAAUGCUGGAACCAUUUUGACAGAUGAUGAACUUGCUAGCAUAGUUGCCAAUGCUGUUGCUUUGAAUAAUAACAGGAUUCCACCAGAUAACGAAGUAAAACCUGACGAAGGAAGGAUGACAACUGCACCUGCUACAACCGAUGCAACCAGUACAGAUGCAACCGGUGAUACAGGUGCAACAACCAGGUCUACAGAUGCAACCGGUGGUACACGUGCAACAACUAGGUCUACAGAUGCGACCGGUGAUACACGUGCAACAACCAGGUCUACAGAUGCAACCGGUGGUACACGUGCAACAACCAGGUCUACAGAUGCAACCGGUGAUACACGUGCAACAACCAGGUCUACAGAUGCAACCAGUGGUACAGGUUCAGCCAGUUCAACAGAUGCUACUGAUGAUACAGGUGGCACUACAGACACACCUGUAGUUAUUACUUCUGCUCCAAAUUUACCUACAACUGCAACAGUGUCUGCCUUGUUCUAUCAAGUCACGCUAACCAUUGAUGGUAUUGAUGGAAUGCCAGUUGAUUAUUCUAAUGACCUCGAUGAUCAAACUUCAGAGAGAUUCAUCAUGAUUGCAGGACAUGUAUGCUCUGCUAUCGAUGUUGUCCUUGAUGGUUCUUUCGGUGACUAUGUUACCUGUAAAGUGUUAGCAUUUUCACCAGGAAGUAUUAUUGCUGAUGCAGAAGUCCAGUUUGUUGCAGACACAAGUGUAUCUGCUCUAGAUGUUGAAGAAGAAUUGAAAAUGGCAGCAGCAAAUGAUUUAGUUACUAGUGACGGCGUGUCAUUGACUGUUGAUCCAUCAACUAUUUCAGUUACAGAAAUUGUAACAGAAAAACCAAAACCUGAUGACUCUUUGAUUGUUCUGAUUGUGGUUGGAUCAGUUGCAGCGUUCCUCGUCAUUUUGCUCAUAAUGCUAAGCAUCAUGGGUGCUGCUGUUUAUAGAAGGCGGAUCAAUGCUAAGCCAUUCUCUAAGUAUCCAACACCACCCGGAAUUUAUUCUAGUAGGGUUGUUCAUAAUCCAUUGAGCAGACGGUACGAGGAUGUGGAUAGCUUUUAUGAUGAAACAGAGAGUGAUAGUGAAGAAAGUCGAAUGCGCCACAUGGCUACUGUCAUAAGGAAUGCACCGAACAUGGAUAAUGAAGGAAUGAGUAGCAUAUCUGAUGGUCUACCAACUGCCUACUACAAUGAUUUUGUAAGGCCAUACAUAGCAACGGGAAGCGAGGAAGAGGAGUUGGAGUAUAGAAACAGAGGAUUUGUACGAAACCACCACUCUGAAUACUAAUGAUGCAACUUGAAGAAAGAAGAUAAACGUAUAUCCAAAGACAAUGAUAUUUUUGUAGUUUUUAUAUAAGAUAAUAACUAUAUGCUUCCAUGUUUCUAAAGGUUCUUUAGGAAUAGACUAUAUGCAAGCUCAUAAUAGAUAGUGUUUCAGAAAUCGUAUUCAUAUUAUAUUAGGUAGUCAAAUGGAACUAACAGAUGAAAUAAAUAAAGAAUGAACAUUUUCCUGUUCAGUAGCAUCGAUAACAAUGAACCUGAGUCAUAGAAGACUGACCAUCCUCAUGGAUAAUGCUUAAUUACUAACUGACCAUCAUCAUGGGUAAUGCUAUAUUCAUAGUAUAUGAACUAUAUAAGCCUGAUAUAAAAUAUAUUCUAUAAGCAGUGGCAGUCCUGAUCAUGGGCAGUGCCUUCUAAAGAAACUGUACUGCUUGGCUAGCGUUUAGGUUUAAAUAUAUGUAUAUAUAACAGUGGCGGAUUCAAGGGGUGGGGGGGCGAGGCGGCCCUGUGACACUUGUAAAGUGUUGAAAAUUAUUUUUUUAAAUGAAGAAAUAAGGAAAAUUAUAAUUGAAUUUAGGUUUGAGAGUGCCAUUUUCGGCCAUCUAUCUAGAAGUGAUGUAAUCAUAAAUGUUCUUUCCCCAGCCCUGACAUGGUGGGAUUGAAGGGGUCUAGACCCUACGUCUGUAAAAGUCCCUCCCUGGGCCCUGUCUAUUUCCAUUUCCUUGAUCCGCCACACUCACACACACCAACACACAC